AUGCCGUUCUUGAGCCCCCUGGGUGGCGAAGACGCGGACGACUUCUACUUCGGCUACGACGCCGGGUACCACCGCAGCGGCGGCGCGGGCAAGAGCGCCAAGAAGGAGGAGAAGAAGGAGAAGGGCUUCCUCUCCUGCCUCCCCUGCUUCAUCCCCUGCUCCCCCGGCGCCUCCGACCCCACGGCGCACCGCCGCCUCCUGUCGUCGGACUCAAGCGACAGCGACAACGCGGCCGCCAUGGACAUCGCCGCCGACCUCGGCCGCCUCCGCGAGCGCUACUCCCGCCUGGCCGCCGGCCCGCCCGUCCGCCCCCGCGACGUCCCCGGCCUGGUGGCGCGCCCCGACGACCCGCCGCUCGCCGUGUCCGCGCUCUCCUGGCACGGCGGGGACCUCCGCCCGUCCUGUAUGCUCCUGGCCCUGCUGCCCGCGCUGUUCCCGUCCCUCCCCGUGCACGCCCGCCACGCGCUCUCCGCCGCGGCCCGGCGCCUGAGCGCCCGCGAGGCCGCGCUGGACGGCGAGGUGGCCGAGUACCAGUCCACCUACGCCAUGAAGCUGGCGUGCGAGAAGACCAAGGACCGCGUCGCGGAGACGGCCGCCGAGGAGAUGUGCAAGAUGGCGCGCGCCGCGCGCAGGGCCGACAAGCUGCGGUGGCGCGCCGUGGAGGCCGCCGCCAGGGAGGUGCUCGCGCCGGCGCAGGCCAAGGAGUUCCUCAAGGCCGUCGAGGACGUGUCGGGCAAGGUGGCGCGGCACGGCGCCCGGUGGCACGCGCGCGCCGGGACGCUCACGGUGCCCGUCGAGGCGUUCGAGCGCGUGCGCACCAACGCCAGAGCGGCUGCGGACGAUGCCUGGUGA